CAGCAGCAGCACUAUAGUCACUAGGAGCCGUGGCAGCAGAAGCAGCAGCAGCAGCACUAUCAGUCACAGCACAGACAGCAGCGACAGCCGGAGCAGCAAACUCUCCCGUAUCUGUUUCUUUUCUUUUUUGGUGUCCUUUCCUGCCAAGAUCACAAAAGCCAAGGAAGCAGGAGGGGAGUGAGCUAGACCGAUAGCUGAUACAAAACGAAAACCUUAACGUAGACCUGGCUGCCUCCAUGCCUAUCGAAUUUGUUUGCAAAAUCAAAUUUGCAGAGGAGGAUGAGAAGCAAAAAAACAAGCAGGAUGGGAAUAAGGACAGCCUGAUUGAGGAGAGCUGCACAUCUCCGACCAAAGACUUGGUCGGGUUUGCAAACUCAUGUUCCCUCCAUGGGAUUAACCACAUUUUUGUCUCCGGUUACCUUGGCAUUCGGCAGACCCUCUGGACUCUAGCUUUCUUGACUUCACUUGGACUGUUUCUUUACCAAGCCUCUAAGUGUGCCAUGUCUUACCUGGAGCACCCUCAUGUCACAGCUCUCAACGAGGAGGCAACUCCCGAAAUUGUUUUCCCUGCUGUGACCAUCUGUAACAUUAACCGCUUUCGCUUCUCCGCUCUUACCGAUGCCGACAUCUACCAUCUGGCUAACUUGACCGGUCUUCCUCCCAAAAACAGGGAUGGACACAAACCUACUGAUUUAUUGUAUCCUGCUCCAGACAUGCAGGACAUCUUCAAUAGGACAGGACAUCAAUUAGAAGAAAUGCUGAUGAGCUGCAACUUUAGUGGACAGAAUUGCUCAGUCGAGGAUUUCUCUGUGGUUUACACCAGAUAUGGAAAAUGUUACACUUUUAAUGGCAACAAGAAUGCAACGAGGAAAACCAAGCAGGGUGGCAUGGGAAAUGGUCUGGAGAUCAUGUUAGAUAUCCAGCAGGAUGAGUACUUGCCCAUCUGGAGAGAAACAAAUGAGACAACCCUUGAGGCUGGUAUCCGAGUUCAAAUUCACAGUCAGGACGAGCCUCCUUACAUCCACCAGCUGGGCUUUGGUGUCUCCCCAGGGUUCCAGACCUUUGUUUCAUGUCAGGAGCAAAGGUUAACCUACCUGCCCCAACCCUGGGGGAACUGCCGCUCCACCAGCAAAGAGACGUUCCCAGGAUAUGACGCAUACAGUAUCAGUGCCUGUCGCUUGCUUUGUGAGACCAAUGAGGUCCUGCGGCAAUGCAGGUGCAGAAUGGUCCACAUGCCAGAUUCAAGACACCCUGUGCCAGACGCAACAAAGCUGAACCAGAACACAACUGAUCCUCCUCCAUGUUUCACAGCAGGAACUGCAGAUAUCUGUCCUCCUAGUAAAAUCAUCUGUGUUGACAAAGCACUUGCACAGCUACAGAAGAACAGUGGCGAUACCUGUCCUUGUGAGACACCCUGUAAUUUCACUCGCUACGGUAAAGAGCUCUCCAUGGUCAAAAUGCCAAGCAAGGGAUCAGCUCGAUAUCUCUCCAGGAAAUAUGACAAGUCAGAGGACUAUAUAAGAGACAACUUCCUGGUAUUAGACAUCUUCUUUGAAGCUUUAAACUAUGAAACAAUUGAGCAAAAGAAAGCGUAUGAUGUUGCAGGUUUAUUAGGUGAUAUUGGUGGACAGAUGGGAUUAUUUGUUGGAGCCAGCAUUCUGACGGUUUUAGAAAUACUGGAUUACAUCUAUGAGAUAAUUAUGCACCGGCUCCAGCGUCUGCUGAGGUCACAGAAAGAGAAGAACAACAAACAACCACCAAGCACUGUGGCAACAGUGAGUCUAGAGAAAAUGAAGGCAAAGGUGCCCAAUGACACAAGAAAUCACCCAAAAGGGGGGUACGCCAGCACAACUCUACCCAAUGACCACCACCACACUGGACAUCAUGGGGUGUUUGAAGACUUUGCUUGCUAAAAUGCACCAUUGUUUCCCAUCUGGUGACCAAAAAAAAAGAAAAGAAGCCAUUUGUGUAGUGAUCAAUGACAGACCUCUGUAUUUCUGUCAUAUGUUUGUUGUUACUGGUGAAAAGCUUCAGCCAAAGUUAAACAUCAGUCUUGUGCUUUGAAAAAACCCAGCUUUCUUUUUCUUUUGUGCUAUUGCUUUGGAUGGCACUGCCCUCACCUUUUCCUUUCUUCACUUUGAUCCAAGAUACUUCCAUCCUUCAUUCCUUGCCACUGUUUGGCUUACGGUUUUUCUCCCACUAGGGGAGUUUUUACCUGCCAUUGUAUAUGUAAUAAUUGCUCGGGGGUUUAUAUUCUGGAUCUCUGGAAAGCGUCUAGAGACAACUUUUGUUGUAUUAGACGCUAUAUAAAUAAAAUUGAAUUGAAUUGAAUUGAAUUGAUACUUUGUCACCAUUAGUGCAUGAUCAAUACAAAUGAACAACAGGAGGACUCCAUGUUAUUUUCAUCAAAUUGAUUUUCCAAUAAAGGGAAAAGUAAUCUAAUCUAACCUUAAAUAAUUUAUCUAGUUGUCUAAUUUUGUUUUUCUUAUUACAUUUUUUGCCUCUCAAAUUACUGCACUCACAAUCAGUACACAUGAUACAUUAUUUCAUUGUUUUAAUUGAUACUAGUAAUCUGUAUAUACAGUAUUUUAGUAACAACUGAAAAAAACAACGUGACUUCAAAAAAUCUAUUAGCAUCUUUCCACAAGAUACACAAUGACUAGUUUGUGGUUAAUGUGUUAGAGACUAGCACCAUACUUGUACAUAAAAUCCAACUAAAAAAGUCAUCCAAAAUGUUCUGUUUUGAUCGUUGUUUAAAUUUAAUGAACACAUGGUUAUAUACACUAUGAAAUAUCAAUUUUAUGUAUUUAUACAUUCUGAAGAGAUAGAUAGAUAGAUAGAUAGAUAGAUAGAUAGAUAGAUAGAUAGAUAGAUAGAUAGAUAGAUAGAUAGAUAGAUAGAUAGAUAGAUAGAUAGAUAGAUAGAUAGAUAGAUAGAUAGAUAGAUAGAUAGAUAGAUAGGGCAGGUGUAACCUUUAUUGACAUAUCAUCCCAAUGCAUUUUAGUUGUAUAGGAUGAAACACAGAUCUUUACAGAUUAAUGAAAAUUUAUGUAUGUUUUUACGUGACAAUACUUCAAGAAAAUAAUAAUUUACCACACAUUUCUGGUCACCAUCACAACUUUUAACUAACAUAAGCAAUAAGAGAGGGGAUUGUAUUGACUUUGCAAAGUUAUCUCCUUCAGAUGGGUAGGCAGUCUAUAUGCAUAUGUCUGUGUAUGUAGUAGUACUUUAUUCACAUAUGGAGAGCUAAAGAGUGAUAUCAUGUAAAGACUAUUUCAGAGGUUGAAAUAUUGUAAAUGAUUUAAUUGUAAAAAAGUGAGACAUGGCAAAUUUUGUAGCACAAGUUUGAAAAGUGUAAAAUAAAAAAAAUUAUAGAACAUGCAUGAAUUCUCGCAUAUAUCUAUUAUGACAGAAAACCCAACUAAUCACUCAGACUGUUUUCUUUCAAGAAUGCCCUUGUAAUCACUCGUAAAAUGUUUCUUAGAUUUGAAGAUCUUAAAGAACUA